AUGGAUCUUUCCGAUCUUCAUCACCUUUUCCAAAUGUUCGAUCACAAUGGUGACGGAAAGAUCACAAGACAAGAGCUAUCAAAGUCUCUUGAAAGCCUCGGGAUUGACAUUCCUGAUCCUGAUCUUGAACACAUGAUUGAUCAUAUCGACUCAGAUGGUGAUGGGAUGGUGGACAUAGAGGAAUUUGAGGUGUUGUAUAAGAUGAUAUUAAUGGAGGAGGAGAGGGACGAAGAAGAGGAUAUCAGAGAGGCGUUUAAUGUAUUUGACAAAAACGGAGAUGGGUUCAUUUCGGUUGAGGAGCUUCAGUCAGUGUUGAUGUCGCUUGGGUUGAGACAAGGUCAAACCAUCGAGGAUUGUCGACUCAUGGUUAAUAAGGUGGAUGUUGAUGGCGAUGGGAUGGUGGAUUAUAAAGAGUUCAGGCAAAUGAUGAAAGGUGGUGGCUUUGUCAACUUUGAAACCCUUUGA